CGUCCGCUUAACGUGACAGAUGCCCUCAGCUACCUUGAUGCUGUCAAGGUACAGUUUCAGGACCAGCCUGAUGUCUAUAACCAAUUUUUGGACAUUAUGAAGGAAUUUAAGAGCUAUGCAUUCUCUGGCAGGAUCGACACACCAGGUGCCAUAGAGCGUGUAUCACAUCUGUUCUUCGGUCACCCUCAGCUCAUUAUCGGAUUCAACACGUUUUUGCCAGCGGGGUAUCGUAUCGAAUGCACCUCGGACGGUCCGACACACAACCGAAUCACCGUCAUCAAUAGCGACGGAACG